UCUGUACUUCCUUUCACAAAUUAAAAGCAGAAAGUCAAUUUUGAUCUAGAUAGAAAAUUCUUUUAUAAUACUCCACCAUGCCUCUCGAUCAUUUCUGUAUCACUGUACCUCAAGGCAAACUUGAAGAUAUUGCCAAAUUCCUCACAAUCGCUCUCGCGCCCACUGGCUUCAAAGAAAUCAUGCGUGUGGGCCCAAAUGUCAUUGGAUUUGGCGAGGACAAGCCAUAUUUCUGGAUCUGGACCUCAGAGGCUGAAGAAGGACAAGAAGAGAGCUCGAUGGGACUAUUGAAGAAGAGUCAUAUCGCGUUCACUGCCGAGAGUAAAUUGAUUCUGCUGGAAUUACCCAUGAAGAAACAUAACUAAAUCGAGCAAAUAACAGAUGCUGAGCAAGUGCGACAGUUCCACACCGCUGCUCUCGAAGCUGGUGCUUCCUGCAAUGGCCCACUAGGCUUACGCAAAUAUCAUCCAGGCUAUUACGCCGCAUUUGUACACGAUCCCGUACUUGGCAUAAAUUUCGAGGUUGUGUGUCACAGCGGCGACUCUUAGGUGUAGGAGGCAUCGUAUAUAAAUCUCGGUUUAGUAUGUGAGGUUGAGGGAGAUGUUCACAGGAAGGUGUGUCUUACCUAG